UUGUUUCCUGGGCGCACGAGCGCAUUCAGCACUCUUCAGCACUGUCCAACACAGAGCUGUCCACUUGUGUAACCGCUAUUAGAAUAUUAGAAAUCAAGUCAUGACUUCGUGCCGCUCGCGAUCCUGUAGCCGUUUCUGUUCAACCCCAGUGUUCGCGAUUUUGCGAAACGCGUGACGUGCCUUGACAGUACCGAUGCGGACAAUAGUAUUAUUACUGAUCAUUCAGUGCAGACGACAAUGUCUGGAAGCAGCGAUUCCGAAGAAUUUUUUGAUGCGGAGGAUGAUACUUCCCACCGCAAUUCACGGAAAAGUAAACAACGUGAUUCUACCAGCACUGAAAAUACUGAAAUACAAAUUAAGGAUGUAUCAGAUGCUUCUAAAAAAUCUGACGAUGAUGUUUUUGUGAAACCUGCAGAACCAAAGGAACCUGUACCUAUAAAAUGUAUGCCUAGUAAAGAUAAAUCUGAGGAAGAUGGAAAGGAAUCAAGCACUGAUAAGAUCGUGGGCAGGAGGAGAUUUCGUGAACUUAGACAGCGUAUGCAAACAGAGGAUGAUGAUAUCCCAAUUAAUAAUUCCCCUCCAGAUAGUCAAACAUCAUCUAUCGAGGGUGUUUAUCCUACUCCUUCAAAAACAACUCAUCCCUUUAGAAUCAUAGAACAUGAUGCUCUUAGUCUACAGAGUAUGACAUCUUUAGGACGAGUGGGUAGAAUUUUAGCUGGAGUUGGAGACAGUGCUUCCGUUGUACUUGUAACAAAUGUACCCCAGUAUCCCCCUUCUGGCAUCCUUACCCGUGAUAGUCAAAUGUCCUCCAUUGCUAGUAUACCAAGCAAAGACGAGGACACGAUGUCUGGUAAGGUGUCCCAGUCGUCCAGUAUCCUUACAUUAUCAGGGGAUAUCCUACAGGAAUCCUCUGUUAACGGUAGGUCUAACUGUGCUCCUCGCUCGCAAAAUGAUAAGACUGUUAUACUUCAAGAGCCCGAUGUCAUCGCUAGUACAAAGAAUAAUGGAAAGUCAAGCGAAGAUGUUACCGUGAUUGGAAUACCUGUUGCACCGCCAAGACGUAAAAAGAAGCCAAAAGCUCAGACACCUACUGAUCUUGCUCCUUCCACAACGGAAUUAGUCUUACCUGCUUCACCAUUACCAAGUCCAGCAAGUACUAUUGAGUCGAUCACUAGAGAAUUUGAGCAUUCUCUUGAUAUUCGAUCUGCUACAAAGGGACAGUAUGUUGUUAAACCACAAGAUGAAGUUAAGUCGAAAGCGGAAGGACCAUCGGCUGAAGAAUUGGAAAGAAUAGAAAGAGCAAAAGCAGAAUUAAUGAGUUUGAGAUCGAGCGAUAAAUCAAGUAGUCCAGUGGGAUCCAUGUCUAGUAACAGCAUUGGCCGUUAUUCUUUAGGUCCUCAUAAAUUUUCGGGUUUAAGUCCUUCGGGUUCGAAAGAGAGACGAAAAUCGGCUGGUGAUCAAGAUAUGAUUAAACAGUUGAAUAUGUUUGUGAGAACAAGAACGGAUUCUGGAAAACGUUUAACGGACAUGGAAAUUUUAGAACAAGUAACUGUACUAAACCUAGACACUGGAGAAAGAGUGCCAUUAAGUAUAGCGGAAGAUAAAUUACCACAGUGUAUUAACCCUUUGUCGCUUCAUAUAAUGAGACUUACUUCCGAAUAUAUAAGUAAUUCUAGUCUGGAGAAGGAAAAAGAAAGCGACGAGGAAAGCGUCGACAGUAAAAUGUCUAGUAUACCACCAGACGAAGACGUAGCCGUUGGUAGAGUUCGAAAGAAAACUCAAAAGUUGAAACGAUUCUUAGGAUCUACUGUAAAAAAAACGAUGGACAAAGCAAAAUCUAUCGCGCAGGAAGUAUCUCACGCCAGACACAAAGAAGACGUUAUGGAAAUAGUAGAUGAAGUUUAUCCCGGUGAACAGCAAUACAUUAAAUUGAAAGCGUCCAAUAGUCACAAAGGACCAUAUGAAUUUAGUUGGUUACAGCACGUUCAAGACUUAAGUGGUGAACACGUGGGCCCUGUUUGGUGUAUGAAAUUUUCUGCUUGUGGACGAUUGCUCGCUACGGCAGGACAAGAUCGAGUUCUAAGAAUUUGGGUUUUACGCGAUGCGUUCACGUACUUUCAAGACAUGCGAACGAAAUACAAUGCCGAGAAAGUUAGUCCAACUCCUUCGCAAGAAUCCCUGGUCUCGCAACAAUCCAUGGAAGAUCCUAAUGUUGUGGCUAGUGCCUUAAGUGAAAUAGAGGGGACAAAAAGUCCUUUUAUGCCAAAGCCAUUCUGCACUUACGCCGGCCAUACCUCAGACUUGCUCGAUGUUUCAUGGUCUAAAAAUUAUUUCGUUUUAUCAUCGUCAAUGGAUAAAACUGUGCGACUUUGGCAUAUAUCGCGAAAGGAAUGCUUAUGCUGUUUCCAGCACAUCGAUUUUGUUACGGCGAUAGUGUUUCAUCCUCGCGAUGAUCGAUAUUUUCUCUCAGGGUCUUUAGACGGUAAACUUCGUCUCUGGAAUAUUCCGGACAAGAAAGUAGCUGUAUGGAACGAAGUCGAUGGACAAACUAAGUUAAUUACCGCCGCAAACUUUUGCCAAAAUGGAAAAUUCGCAGUUGUGGGCUCGUACGAUGGCCGAUGUAUAUUUUACAAUACGGAUCAGUUGAAGUAUCACACGCAAAUACACGUUCGAUCGACGAGAGGUAAAAAUUCCACGGGAAGAAAAAUUAGUGGUAUCGAACCAAUGCCGGGGGAAGAGAAAAUUUUGGUCACGUCAAACGAUAGUCGUAUUCGUUUGUACGAUUUACGAGAUUUAAAUUUAUCGUGCAAAUACAAAGGUUACGUUAACGUCAGUAGUCAGAUUAAAGCGAGUUUCAGCCCUGACGGACAGUACAUAGUUAGUGGUUCGGAAAAUCAGUGCAUUUAUAUCUGGAAGACCCAUCACGAUUACUCCAAAUUCUCGAGUGUACGCAGAGAUCGAAAUGACUUUUGGGAAGGUAUAAAAGCUCACAACGCUGUAGUUACAUGCGCAGUAUUUGCACCAAAUCCAGAUAGUAUUAUUAAGCAGAUCGAAGAAAGAGAGCAGUGGAGGGAAAAUAAGGAAGAUGUAACAAAUCUAGGUAGUUCAACUGUAGAAGUUCCUCCUGUUGAUCCCGUGGUUGAACAGCGCACUAAAGGUUGCGGUGGACACGUUCUUGUAAGCGCUGACUUCAACGGCUGCAUAAAAGUUUUUCUAAAUAAAACAAGACCUAAGCACAGUUCCCUACCCGCAUCUGCUCUCGCAUAACACAGUACUGCAUUCAUCUAUGCACUGUUGUAAUAAUUAGACAAGAGUAAGAACGCCAAUAUAUUAUACGCGUAUAUUUGUUUUACCUCAGUGAACGAUGUAGGGCUCACUGUAAGCUGUUUUUCAAGGUAAACGUGAUUGUACUAAAAAUUUGCGACGACAAAAUAUUUUGGAAUGCAUGCUAAAAGGAUUAUUUCACAAUAAGAAAGCUUCUAACGCAUAGUUAGUAAUACCAAAUCACCCAUAAGUUUGAUGCUCGAACAAUGUUCGCUUUCCUUAUUAAAUUGAGCAGCAAAUUAUUAAUCGUAAAGUGAAUAAUAAUCUUCGCAUACUGUUAUAAUUAUAAUGUCUACUAAAGCUUUAAGUAAGCCAUAUGAAACACAUAGAUUUAUAACAUAAUGUAUUUUUAACAAUUUUUUUUUUUAAAUUCGACAUUAUAUUUUUAUCGAUUUUUCUUGUAUCAUAUGUUUUUUUUUUUCGGUGCUGGUCCACUGCGAUCAUAUACAUUUAUAAUGGCUUUGCCAAAGCUAUGUUGCAGCGUAUACAUAUGCAUUUUGCAACAUAAUAUUGGCAAUGUUCGUUUCAAUUAAUUUAUAGAAGGAAAGAGCACCUUGGUGAAAAACAAAGUAUAAGCAAGCACGCAAGAGUAAUGGUCGAAUAGAACAACAAUCGAUUGAAUCGUAUAGAUUGAACCGAAAAAACUUAUAAAUAUAUCUUGGUGAUUUAUCGUUAGGCAAUGUUGAAUAGUAUCUACAUAGUUUAAUGAAUAUCAAACUGGGUUUUCGAAUCCUGAUGGUUUCUAAAAGUAUUGCUCUAGAACUUUACCGUGAUAAGAUAGUGUAAUACAUCGAAGACAAUAUGAGAAAAAAAAAGAUAAAAAAACAACAAAACAAUGAGGUGGUUCGAAGUUAAAAAUGCAUCAUCGUUAAGUUUUUCUACGAACGCAGUUUAUAUUUUAGAGACUACAUCACAUGUUCAAUAUGAAAGUUAUAGUUCGACAUAACCAUAUGGAUCAAAUGAUUUGACGUUACGCUCUAUAUAAAGCAGAUAUAAUUCGACCGAUUAAUGUAAGUGCAAGGUUUGCCUUGCAUUGACACAUUAUGUACCGUAGAUGUUAUUAUAUGCUCACAACACUCGCUAUGUUCAGUGCUCGACAGAAUGUCGCAAUCGCGUGUCGUUUAGACCUGAUUUAAAAUGGUGUUGCGCGGAAUACCGAUUUCGCAACGUGUCAAUUAUAGCGGCAAACAAAAAAAAAAACAGAGUACCGUGUAAUUCAUCAAACGACGGAUUAAAACGCUGCUCGAAACUCUGCAUUUCGCGAUUCUCGAUCUAACAAACAA